AUGAGGAAAGCUUGCAUUGUACCAGGUUGUACUUUAAGUGCAAAAACACCUAUACAUAAGUUUCCAAAAGAUCCUGGUGAACGUUUGUCAUGGCUCGAAAGUAUUAAAAUUAAAGAUAUAGAACACGUCAUUAGCAAUUUAAGACAUCAAGUAUGUGUUUGCUACAAACAUUUUCAUGAAGAAGAUUAUAUUUAUUCACUCACUAGACGCAAAUUAAAAGAUGAUGCUACACCUUGCAUAAAUAUACCCAGUAGAAUCAAAUGUAUAGCAGCAAAUUCUAAUAUUGAUUCUGAAGACAUGGAAAUAUCUGCAUGUAAUGUAGAAUUUUGUCCAGACAGUGUUACAUUGGAACCACUGCAGCUAGGAUUUGAACGAUAUCAGACAUAUAUCUUAUAUAGAAGAGCAUGACAUGAACAGUAACAUAUCAUCUAAAGUGAUGCAACAUGUUACAAAUGAACAUGUUACAAAUUUUGUAUCUGAAACACUGUAAGUACAAGUGAAGAACAAGACGGUAAUGUACGUACAUUUAAAUGAAAGACGUUGCUACAAGAUUGUCGAAGACAAGCGGAUCUAACAUCAAAAGCAGCCAGAUUGUACAAAAUAGCAACAAACAUUGUAAAAAAGUAAAAAUAUACAAAUGCACAAAAUGUUGAUUGAGGAAGAAAUUGAGAGCAGGUCAAUGUGUUCAGAAUAUAAAAUUUAUUAAUCAAUAUGAAGGACUGUCCCAAAGCCAAAGAACAUUAAUUUUAAUGCAAUUACGGACUGCCUAAUAGCCAUGUCAUGUGAGUAACAGUAUAAAGGUAAAAAUAAGUUAGAAGAAAAAUUACUGAAGUUAAUAAAAGAAAGAAUAUAUAAAUAAAUGGCAUCUGUGUACAGUGCGCAAUUACAUUCUGUAAAAACCGAACAUAGUUAACAAUAUACAUUUAUGUACACUCGUGAACUAAAAGGUAUGGCACCGAUUUUUUGUUGACUUCGGAACGCGCUCCAACUUGAGGAGAAAG